AUGAGCUCCCCCGAUGAGGUGUCUGUGUGGGGAACGGAUUUCGGCCCAGAGGGCGGGGAGCGGGCCGGCGUCUGCCCGGCCGGCCCCGCAGUCCCGCGGGGCCCCGAGCCAGGCCGCGAGCCAGGCCCCGAGCCCGGGGAGUCGCGGAGCGGCGAGGGCGGGGGCGGCUUCCCGGAGCCCGAGGGCUUCCAGUCGGAGCGGGAGAUGCUGGAAGCGCGAGGGCCGGUGCUGUGGGGCCGCGAAGGCCGACCUGGCUCCCCAGCUGGUGACAAGAGGGACCUCCUGGACCUGUCCGAGGAGUCUUUGGAGGCCAUCCUGCAGCACCUGACCGUCCGGGAUGAGCUGGACGUCCGCACGUACCCGUCCCCGGAGAGCUGCGCCGCCUUCGAAGUGCCCACCCUGUCAGCCGGCCUCGAGGCGAGUCCCGGUGGUCGAGGAGCGCGCACCCAGAGCUGUGGGGAUGCGCCGCCGGCUCGAACCGGCGCCCUCCACCUCGGUGGGCCCGAAGUGGGCCGGGCCUGGGGGAACCCUAACAGAAUCACUAAGCGUAGGUUGAACGUGGCUGCGGAUCGCCAGCGGCUCUCCGCGGAAGGCCUGGCCUGGCUGCUGUCCGACCCCGAGUCCUCAGAUGAGUUCAGUGAGACACAGUGGAUGACGGUGAGCACUUAUCCCGGAGCAGGAGGCCAGGCCGAGCCCAGCAGCCCCGAGGAUCCCGAGGACACUCCCAGACACUCGAAUUUCCAAGUCAGGGAGAAUUUCCUUCACGUGCCAGGCUCUUCCCUGUUCUCCACUCCGCGAGGACUCCCUGCGGUUGUGGAAAGGCAGGGCGUGGGAGAGCAGGGCAUCUCUUCCCCUAAGAAAAUGCAGAGCGUGCUCCUGGCGAAGGGGGGCAGCAAGCCCAGCUACCCGGGAGCUGCUGCUUCUGAUGCUGCUGCUGCUGCUGCUGCUGCUGCAGGUGGCCUGCCGCGGGUCACUCCUAGGAAGAAGGGGACCCAGGAGAAGAAAUCCCUCAGGGGAGCCUCCAAACUUGCCCUGGGGAGAACCUUCCCUUCCGGGGAGCAGCGAAUCUCGGCAACUCCCCUGGAACCGGUCACCUUGCCCCGUAUCUCUCGUAUUCCGCUGCUUGUGAGAUCCAACAAGUAUAGCUUGGUCUCUUCUGGAACCAAAGAGUCCAAACACACCAGCGCUGGGAAGAAAUCCGUGGCCAGGCGGGCACGGGAGUCUGAGGCGGUGGCGGGAGAAGAUAAGGACCCAACUAGAGACCCAGCCCCAAAGGGCCAACUGCCAACUCACAGGCCAGGGACAUCUGCUCCACGCAUGUAUCGUGGAAAAGACAGCCGUGGCAACCUCAACACCAGAGGCCCUCAAGAUCCAGGAAACUCAGAGCCCUUGGCCCUGAACCAGAGAGAAGUCAUGCCCAGGGUGCCUGCCCCCUCAGGUGACCUGGAGCCACUUGACCAUCCUCCAAGACCGGAAACGCAGCAGCAGCCACUGGGAAUGCCGUGCUGUACUUGGUGUCUCACGCUACAGAGAGAAAUAGACGACCUUAAGGAGCAAGUUGCCACCGUGCAGUACCUGGCUGACAAGUUCCAGAGCCUUUGA